GCUGAACGACCUAGCUGAAGAAGAUAGACUCUGCCUUAUCUUCGCUAUGUCGGAGCCAUUCCUGUAUUUAGUCGCUUGUCUCGAAAUACUGUCCGCCAUAUUUUAUUUUGUGAAGUGUACAGACGUGUGACGUACAGGUCAUAUGAUCAAAUUUCGAAGCGUUUAUGGCGGAUGAAUCGGAAAGUUGCGACUAGGACAGUUUUCCGAGCGGAAAAAGGUACAAGGAGGUGUUCGAAGUACCUUUUAUCUGUUUCAAUGUGUUACCUGAGGCAUUUAGACAGUAUUCCGAAAAAGUGACUUUUUAGCCGUCAGCUACCCUUUAAUAUUUAGCGGUAAAUUCCGGAGGCUGAUCAUCUCAGGACAAACAAGGUACGUAAUGGCGACGAUCAACACAGCACUUCUUGAUACUCUGCUCGUAUCGUUCGAAUCAAAUGCAUUGCCGUUAUUGGCACUUUUUGCAACGUUCCCCAUUCUAAUCGAGUGCGACAAUGUCCGGGGUCGAGAUUGCCAAACUGGUUGCAGUGAUGAUCAGGUUUGCUGCCUCACCUGUUCCAACGAUUAUUUGACCUGGAGCAGUAUUGAAAACCUAACUGAAAGUUUCAGCUGCAGUGUGAACUGUGUAAAUGAUACUAGCUGUCUUGGUUACCACUGUAGGUCUCGUUUAGACUGCGGCUCAUCUGAACAUUGUCGUAAUUGGACAUGCCAUCGAAAAGAUAACUGCUCAAAUUUUAGUCUUUACGACAAUUGCAAAGCAUGUGGAUGUCAAGAGUGUUGUCAUGGUAUGUGCGGAUGGUCUGAUGCCUUAUGCAAUUCCUUAACAACCUUAGCGGUUUUUGGAAUAAUGUUAUUCGCGAGUAUAUUUUUUAAUUGCGUUCAGACGCUGCUUUGUCACGUAUGCAACUGUAAGAGUGGUUCAUCACAGCCGGAAGGAAGUAGGGCAAACAUACCUCGAGACAUAGAGAUAAUUGACUUGGAGAGAGAAACAGAUGUACAGACGUCACAGCCGGAAGGAAGUAGGGCAAACAUACCUCGAGACAUAGAGAUAAUUGACUUGGAGAGAGAAACAGAUGUACAGACGAGCAGCGACGAGCAAGGGUACUGUAACCAACAAAUAUUCGGCUACUCACCACCUCACGUUCCUUCUCCGACUAGAUUUAGUCGGCUCACACCUACAUAUAUGCAUCGCCUUACAGCCGAAGCAAAUGAACUACCUCCCCCUCCCCCUUACAGUGAGGUAGUAGAGGAGGGCUCUAGAACUGGAUUUUCAGGAAGCUAUUUGAAUCAUUUUACCGUGUUGGAAGAAGAUUUACCUUUGGAGAGAAGUCAGCUAUCACCUACACAUAUGCAUCACCUUGUAACUGAAUUGAAUGAACUACCUUCCCCUCCCCCCUACAGUGAGGUAGGGGAGGAAAGAUUUGGGGGGGAGGGUCCGGAGCGCGACUAAACCACGUCACAGUGUUUGAAGAUAGUACUUCAAGCCAGCAACGUAUAAUCUAUGUGCUUAUUAAAUAGUAGCAUAUGUGUAACCUCCCCCUUACAACCAGACAGCAGAGAAGAGAUCCGGGGGUGAAGGCGACGCAAACCAAACCAGGGAGGAAGUUCCAGAGGAUUAGGAUUUAUCGUGAAAGUAUAAAAACGUGCUGUAUGAUGGAACCCAUUUAUAAUAUACUCAAACUUGAUAUCUUGUUCUUUAUAUCUGAUUUGUAAACGAUAAAUAUAACGUAGAAAUACAGGCUACCCAGCCCCUCUCUAAAUGGAGGAGCACACUUCAAUAGUACCCAGUGCAUCUCUAAUGAUUCCGUUUAUGCUCUGGUGUCCUUAGUAAAAGGUUUUUAUAUUGUAUAGGCAUUGAUAUUAGCUACAGACACAAAAAAUGUAUUUGUAUUUGAAAGCCUGUGAUCUAUAUCAGUUAUUAAUCCCUAGAAAUUGUUGUGUCAGAGCAGCUUCAAACCUCUGGCAUUUUUAUUACUCGAGAUCAAA